UUUCGGUUCAGUUCAACCUGGGGAGCGCAGCGGAGUGAACGCUGGGCCGAGUGUUGAGCGGUUAAAUAAGAAAAGUGCCUGAAAAUCCCAGCUAGUGUUCUGCGCCAGCUACUUCAUUGCCAGCGGACCAGAGAGUCUGCCCCGACGACUCUCUAGUGUGCCUCUGCCUGUGCCUGUGCCCGUCCUGUUCCUGCUCCAGUCCUGAUAAGCAGCCCUUCGACCGUGUAAGCCUAACAUAUGGCAGCCAGCAUCGAUGCCAGCCCUCGGCUUUUCAUAUGGUGUGCCGAUUAUCAUGGCAAGCAAUGUAAAACAACAACAGCAAGAUCAAUGCACAACCAGUGAAGAGCCGACGCUACAGAGAGUACGAUCAGUAGUCGAGGGUCGACCGUCUGGACCCGGAGGAUGCCAAGAUUGGCCUAAACAGCGAUCCCAGCAGCAGCAGCAGCAGCAGCAGUACCACCACCGCCAACAACAACAGCAUCAGGGGCAGCAUCAACGGCAGCCGCGCCAACACGAGCUACUGCAUCAUCCGCGUAAGCCGCUCCCGGCACUGACCGCCCGUGGCCGCCUGCUAGUCAGUGAGGGGGCUCGACGGCGGGAAGUGCGGGGCUGUGGCCGAGCUGGUGCCGAGGGUGGAGUCGGAGUUGGCGGCGGCGGUGGCCUGUUGUGCUGCAGCCUGGACGCACUGAAACGGCCGGCCAAGCUGCUGCAGUUCGGCUUCCUGCUACUGAUCCUACUCCUUGCCAGCCAUGGAGAUCUUGUCCAAGCGGAGGGCAAUGUUGGCUGCCAGUUUGUUAGGACGCUAUGCAUACCGCGCUCCGAGGUCUGCUAUGAUGACAAUAUCUUUGGCAAGUGCAUCCCUACCACCGGCGUCGAUGUUGAGGACAUUGAGAAGACACCCCUCACUGAGGAACAGUCUCGUCUGCUGGCCACCAUGCUGGAGGAGCUCCAGGGCGCCGGCUUAGGCUGGGACCAUCCGUACGUGCAGUGCCGCAUCCAGGGAGCGCUCUUCUCGCUGCAACGCCAACAACAGCUGCCUCCAAAUCUGUGCGCGAACCUGGCGCCGGUCCCCCCGGAGUUUGGGGAUCCGGCCAGCGCCAUGGCCUAUGUGAGGUUCACACCACCCGAGCCGGAGGCCGAUGUCGAGUACUACGAUCAGCCGAGUCCGAGUCAGGCGCAGUUCUAUCCGAGGCUGCGAAAGAAGCAGGCUCCUAGCGCCGAUGGGGAUGAUGGCUACCUGGACAGCAUGCUGCAGCAGCAACACCAGCGGCAGCUGCAGGACCGUCGGAGACUGCGUCACGAUCCCCUGGAGCUCGAGCACUUUGGCAGCCCGGAUGGACAUGGGCAUGGGCAGGGCGCUCAGCUGGAGACGCCGAGCGUAUUGGACGCCUUCUUGGACACCGAGCGGCAGCGCAUGGAGCGCGAGCAGCAGUUGAGGCUGCAGGCCGAGCAGGAUGCGGAUCGGAAGGCGGAGCAACAGAACCGGCUGGAACUCUACCAGAUACUGGCCGCGUCCGAGCCCGAUCCGCAGCCCUAUCAGCGCAAGCCUCAGCCCAAUGCCAUGGACCAGCUGGAGGCCAUGGUCGAGCAGCAGCAGCAGAAGGAGAAGGAGCAGCGGGAACUGAAAGAGCAGCAGCAGGCCAAGGUCCCCGUCCCCGUCUACGUGCCCGAAGAGGUGAACGAUUCCAGCGAGCUCUACUUUCCGGAUAACUUUACACCCUUCAAGCGGACCAGAGGGCGCGCACGACAAUACGGCCCCGCAGUCCGCGCACCACUAGUGGGAGAGGAGGAACAGCCGAAGAGUUCCUUUUUCCGGGAGCUCGCCGAGGAGCAGGGCCUGGCCCAGGAGCCGCUGACUGUUCGGCAUGGCGAGCUGGCAGCCGAAGCCGAUCUCGCUCCCGAGUUGGCUAAGCGACGUCCGCCGGCCUUCAGUCAGCUGGAUCCGAGUGACGUGAACUCCCAGGAGCAGGGCCUGGCUUUCGAGUCGAGUCUGCUGCGCAACUCCCUGACGCCGAUCGAGGAGGAGGCUAUGCUGGCUUCGAACAGCUACCCUCCGCGCGCCAACAACCAGCGGCUGUACACGGAGGGAGGACUCCUUCUCAUGCCGCAGGCCGAUACAGGCAUGGAUCAAGAUCCAGGCAUGCAGUCUGACGAUCCGCGGGCUCUGAAGAAAACGCUGCUGGCCAACAUGCUGGGCUUUGCGCGGCACGAACGGCUGGACGUGAAAAAGCCGGGGCCUCAACUAGGCCCCCCGGCACCUGGCCCCGUGGAUACCGUCGAAAUGAGCAACCAACUGGAGACGGAGAAGGUGCACAAGGUGGAUGGGAACAAGGAGGUGCUGCCCGCACACAUCAAGGGCAGCGACGAGGACGAGGCAUACAAGAAGAAGAAGGUCGUCAUGGAGCAGCACUCAGCCGAGGAUCAUGCGCCGCACACCGUAGACACUGAAUAUGCUCAUGUGUUCGUCAAGAACCCGAUCGACAGUUGGUACGAUGGGCAGCGCAUAAUGAAUGAGCUGGCGCAGAUACUACACAUGCAGGGAUACUUUUCUUAUUUAACCGUUCAACCACACGAAGUCAGCUUCCGGGUGAACUCAGACAAUCCGGAGCGCAAGACGGCCGGCGAUGUGGCACGCAUCAUCAACGAGAACCGGGGCGUCAAGAACAACAUCCAGCGACGCGUCGGCUUCUACGUGCUGCAUGCCGGGGUGGGUGACAAGGUCAAGGAUCUGCAGGACCCGAGUGUUUCGGCCUCGCGCAUUGAACUGGACGAACAGGGUCCUGAUGUCACCCACAUCAUGGCCUACAUGUUCGCCGGAGCCGGGGCGGCUGCGGUGAUCGUGAUCUUUGUCACCCUGAUCCUGAUCAAGCGGCACGACCGAAAGCGCGACAAGCUGGGCGGCCUGCAGUCGGGCAUGGCCGGGGCGGAGACCUGCAGCAAGGACUACCAGGAGCUGUGCCGUGCCCGCAUGGCUGGCAAGAGUGGCAGUGGCGGCGGCGGCGGUAGCUCAGUGGGUGGCGCAGCCGGAGGUGGUGGUAGCUCCACGGAACCCGCCCAGGGUGGACGCAUCACAUCGCUGAGCAAGGAGAACGAGGGCAGACCACCGUCCUCGCGCUCCAGCACCUCGUCCUGGAGCGAGGAGCCCGCCCUGACGAAUAUGGACAUCUCUACUGGACACAUGGUGCUGUCUUACAUGGAGGAUCACUUGAGGAACAAGGGACGUCUGCAGCGUGAAUGGGAGGCUUUGUGUCGAUAUGAGGCUGAGCCAAGUGCUCGAGAAGCUGCCUCCCAGUCGCAGUGCGUGGGUCUGAAUCGGCCCGGAGCUCCCUUGCCGUACGAUCACUCACGAGUUGUCCUCAAUCAUUUGGCCAAUGCCGAGGGUCUAGACUAUGUGAAUGCAUCGACGAUUACCGAUCAUGAUCCUCGGGCACCCGCUUAUGUGGCUGCUCAGGGGCCACUACCAUCGACCCUGGCACACUUCUGGCAAAUGAUCUGGGAACAGGGAGCCGUUGUGAUUGUGGCUCUAUGCCGUCUGCAGGAGAACGGAGAGGUGGCAUGUGCGCGCUACUGGCCGGAAGAAGGUGCCGAGGUCUAUCACAUCUAUGAGGUUCACCUAGUUAGCGAGCACAUAUGGUGUGACGAUUACCUCGUACGUUCUUUCUACCUGAAGAAUUUGCGCACAAGCGAGACCCGGACCGUCACCCAGUUCCACUUCCUUUCGUGGCCGCAAAUGGGAGUUCCUGCUCAGGCCAAGGCACUGCUGGACUUUAGACGCAAAGUGAACAAAUCCUAUCGAGGUCGUCGAUCCUGUCCCAUCGUGGUGCAUGGCAGUGCCGGAGCUGGUCGAACCGGUGCCUACAUCCUGCUGGACCUGGUGCUCGAACGAAUGAACAAGGGUGCGCGUGAGAUCGACAUUGCCGCCACCCUGGAGCACUUGAGGGAUCAGCGGGCCGGAGUGGUGGCCACGCGGCAGCAGUUUGAGUUUGUUCUGAUGGCCGUCGCCGAGGAGGUGCACGCCAUCCUCAAGGCCCUGCCGGCCAACACCUCGGGGGAGAAGCGAGAGCUGGACAAGGAUCCUGUUGUGGGCACCGGCGCCGUGAACAACAGCAACGGCAGCCACACCAAGGAGCCGCUCAAGGAGGACAAAGCACAGGAGGCGGCCGAGGAGGAGGCGCCCACCAGCAGUGCGAAGGCCGCAGCAGCAGCCAAGGAGAAGGAUAAGGAGAAGGAGCAACCCAAGGCGGCCGAGCAGAAGAAGCAGGCGAAGAAGUAGGUCAGCCGGAUCCGGGAUCGAGAUCGGGAUCAGGAUCAGGAUCAGGAUAGGAUCGGGUUGGAAGGAACCUCAGGUUAAAUGAUUGUUGCAGCGUUUCGGGGGUCUUUUUUCGUUGUAGUUAGAACUUUGAACUUUGUGUUCCCUUAAGAGCGUAUGAUUUGGCGUGAGCAUUUGGAAGGUUCGAAAAAGGCUAAAUGUGGAGCGAUAGGAGUUGGCCUUUUAUUAAGCUGUUGUUUCUCAACGCACAUCUAUCGGUUAUAGGUUCUAGAUUAUAGGUUAUCUGUUAUCCGUUACAUGGUUCUUGAGUUAGCCACAUUGCACCGCGAAAGCGCAUGGAGCACGAGGGGGCGGUGCUUGCCCCCGCCGAUACGCUGCUCCGGGGCGUGCACCAGCCCGUCACGACCGGGGUGCGUCCGGGGUGGGGAGAGAGCCGUUCGCUGGCCCCAUGCGUGGUGCUAAUCACUACCUAAUUGCACCUAUUAACAUAUACGUAUAUCUAUAUACAGAUAUAUAAAGAAGAAGAAGAAAUUAUUUGAUAUAUGCAAGAAUAUUUACAAGCAUACAUAUACUUACGCAUAUUUGAAUGUCUAGGUGUUAAGCAUUGGAUUCAAUUACGGGGCAUUUUACUUACAACUUUAUUAACCACUUACUCUAUUCGAUAUUUGAUAUUCGAUGUGCUUGAUCAAAAAACCCAGCUGAAAACAAUCGAGCUAAAUGGUAUACAUAUGCCGCUAACAACAAGCCCCAAAACCAUACACCCACACUGUACACUGUACACUGUACGUCACGGCAACACACAAAACACUUAUCCCCCAAAAACACUGAACACUGACCCACAAACAUGGAACACAACAUACAGUCGAAACAUACAUACAUAUACCAGAAACAUAUAUAUACCUCCAUAUCCACGUGGAUGUGGAGGAAUGGAAUGCAAAAUUCGUACCUAACAAAAAUCUAUUUACAAAACAAACAUGACGCAACAACAUAUUGAUGUGUAUGACAAUUAAUUAUACAAUGUUAUAUACUUACACUUACAAAUAUAUAUGUAUACAAUAUAUAUUAUAUAUUAUUAUUCAUAUACAAUACGGUGAAUGUCAUUGUCUAUCUAGCCAACUAAUGAGUGUCUAACUGAAUUGAAUUACAAAUUAUAAAUUAAAUUGAAUUGUAUUGUAUUGAUUAUUGUUUUACCACACCAUGUGCAAUGUAUCAAGUACGUAUAUAAAGAGAAUUAUCAGUUUAAGAACGCUUCACUCUUUACCCCUCACACAGUUGAAUAUACGUAUCUAUAUAUACAACACAUAUAUAUAUAUAAUUAUCCAACAGAUAUAUGUACGAUAAUGUAACAAGUCGAGUAGGCACCGGGGAGCCCGGCGCCUCGUCUCCCGCUCCCACUCCCACUCCGUUUGGCGGACCAGUUUUCAAUUCAUGAUAUGAUCUACUCUCAUCAACUGGGGCAGCUAGAAGCUGGGCCGCAGAUGGGGUGGUGUGGGGUGGCGACUCGCCGGGGCCUUGGGUGCGGUUAGGGAGUAUGUGCCACAUAACAAGCUUUUUGAAGACAGCAAGAAACCGUUAAGCCAUUGGAUUCCGCAACAAACUGAUCAAAAAAAAGAAAGAAAAAAACCAAAAAAAAAAUACAAAAAAUUAAGAAACUUCUACUCGUAUCAUCACAAGAAACUCCCCACUCAGGCAUGACCUUUGAACGAUUCAAACGGACAAACAGUAAACGAACUAAGAGAAUAUAUAACUGCUGCGACACACGGUAUUAUGCGGUCGAUCAGCUGCAUGACACGCUACACGAAACACCCCCAGGAAUGGCCACAAAGAUACAAGAAACCGGACCGAUUAAAUCAGACACAAAUAUCCGACUACGAGGCAAACGAUCAGAAAAAAAAUCACAAAAAAGACCAAAAAAAUAUACGAGUAAAACCAGCAGGAGAUCCCGAAGAAGAUACGCUGUUUAAUGCAAAUGCUGCGAAUAAGCAACAGAAAAAAUAUUCAAAAAAAUUAUCGACUAUCGAUUAAAUAAGAAAGUACCGUAAUUAAAGAGUUUUAUGUAGAAGUUGAACUAAAAAACUAAAUGAAAAACGCGUUACAGUAGUUCCAUGUACUAAUUCAAGAUAAGAAACAGAAACAAAACAUUUCAACUAACUUUAAGCGAGAAGCAAAAGCAAAAACCAAAAAUAACAGAGUUAAAGUUAUAGUAUAUACAAGAAUUAUUAUCUCGACGCAAACGUUUUUGUUGUUUACAUAUAUCCUUUGUUUGAACUAAAACUAGAACACAACUGACACUACACUACAAAAUAAAAGCAAAUGAGAAAUCAAUAUUACAAUAACUGUGGCAAGUCCGAACAACAUCCAAGGGCUUGCAAAAGGCAAAAUUAUUAACGUGGUAGAAAAACAAAACAAAAUAUGACGAGAUGUUGAGAGGAGAAAUUAUUACAUUACAGAUUACUGUUUUAGAGAAAAAUAUUUAGUAGUGAGUUUUUCGAUUGAUUUACGAGUACUUGAAGCAACGUUUUUCAGAGUUAAUUAAAAUACGAUACGACAAUUUCAAUUUAAAACGUCUUCGAUGAAUCAAAUUAAAUAAGUGUACUAAAACUUAUCGUAUUGUAGUCGAACACACGUAACGACAAAAUUAUUGAUGUAUAUUUUAACAUAACCAUAAACAUAACCAUAAUCUAAAUAUGUAUUAUCUUAAAGAAGGAAAACAGCAACCAUGCGUAGAAUAUUGAACGGAACUUACACAUAACACAAAUAACAAAUAACGUAUAACAUAAUAUAAUUGAAAAAAAACAACACUAAUGUUUAAACGGAUUUCUCCAUUAACUAUAUACAUAUAUGUAUAACAUUAUAUCGAUGUGUAGUAUCAAUAUGCCCAAUAUAUAGGGCUUGUCUACACACAAACCCAAACCCAACAACAAACAUUCCAAAUCGAAUCAUUACCCAAAACUAGUUUCAUUGAUGGUGUAACAUAGAUAUACAAAAACAUUAACUAACUAACUCACUAACUAUAUUCGAUAAGACGAAGGAUGCGGACGAACGUAUAGCUGAGACAUCUCUAGCAGAUAUCAGCCGAAAUGAUCUCCUCGUACAGAGGAGCACAAGUGUAGAAGCAAACAAACAAAAGAAACAAACAAUUAAGCCCCUGGAACUUGACCUUUUCUCGCCGCGGAGACAGAGUCGCUUUGUGGGCCACAGUAGAAAGAUCUAUAGGAAAUGCGGGUGUUAGAGAAUACAAACUUCAAACCAAACCAAACCAUCGACCGACUGACCAGACGAACCCCAGAACGACAAACAGAAAAUGGUUCGAGUUCCUAAACAAACGUAACCCAGACCCACAACAGCCGAACGGACGCCAGACCCAGGACCACGACCACGACAAGGACCAGGACCAGGACCAGGACAAGGACAAGGACCAGGACGGGCUGUAAAUACGCACAUCUUCGGACUCCGGACCGGCAGAUACGGACGGACUACGACUACAACUCCGACUACGACUACGGUAUAGAUAUACUGAACCGGAGCGCGACUCUUCGGACCGAAUCGGACAGAUCUUAGUCUUAGGCCUACACAAUGAGAUUCUACUCGUCAAACGGGAUAGCUAAUGGGGAUUACGGGGUGAGGGGCAACAGCCCGGCCUGUUCUCCGUCGGAAGGAAAGAUCAGGUAACGAACCAGGGGACUAUUUGAUAGCUUAGACGGGAAGAGAGACAGGACAUUUAACAUGACCGAAAGUACUUGCUAACUUGCCCACAAAAAAAUGAGCGCAAUUUUCUUAAAAUCUCGAUGUGCUUAAUAUAUAUAUAUAUAUAUUUACAUAUAUUUUAAAUCAGUUUGAGUUUGGUUAAAACGGAAGAUAAUAUACAAAUACAAAUAAAUACAAAAUACAAAACACACAGAGGGCAACAUUCGAUCAUAGCCGCCGAUAUCUCCAGCAUAUAUAUGGGAUCAUUGAGAUCAGCAUGCGUAUAAGGCAUGUUAAGCGAUCCAACUAAAUUAAUUACCUACAAAAAAGACAAAAGAAGAGCAGGCUUUCAUACAUUUUUGGAAACAAAACUAAACCAAAAGUGACAAAAUAUCUGAUUAAGAGGGGCGAUUAGCAGAUAAGUGAAACAUUUAACAAUAUCGAUGUGUAUACAAUAUGCUACAAACAAAUAUAGAUAUAUAUUCCGCAAAGUACAUAUAUACUUAAAAUAUAUACCUACAUAUAUUAUCCAUUUAGCCACUUGGCAAUGAUUGUGUUAUUAAGCAAAACAAGAACAAAAGAAAAGCAAAGAAAGCAAAAAAUACAAUUGAGAAAAUGCAACAAAAAAAUGGUAAAAUCCAGCAAAAAAUUAUGCUGGCUGAGGCCACUAAAAUUAACAUUAACUAAAACUGAUGACAUGAUAAAAUGAUAAAUUAUAUAUACAUACAUAUAUAUACUAUAAUACACACGAAAACGAAAAAAAACACAACCCAAAAACAUCCAAAACACACACAAGACAAGAGAUCACACAAUUCCAAGACAUGGAGCAUACCUAUUAAAGGUUUUUUGUGCAAAACUACAUAAUUAAACUAUGCAAUUUAAGUGUUUUAAACAUAAACAAAAAACAUAUUAUAUGCAAUUAUUUAUGAGAAUUAUAUAACCGAUAUACAUAUAUAUAUAUAUAUGUAUACAUAUAUAUAUUUAAAGUACAUAUAUUGAUGCUAUUAACCACUCUAAAUUUAUUGGGAGAACACACGGAACGAUGACAAAACAAACAAAAAAUGGUAAGAAGAAACCCCCAAAACAAUACGAAUGUAUGUACAUAGCGCCAUUGUGUAAUAUGCGCUACAAAUACAAAUAAAAACUAUGAACUAAAAGAAAAGAAAAGAUGAAUUUCGAAUGUAAAACCAUAUAUACAGAUAUAUGAACCUAUAUAAUGUGCUGCAUGUGUAAAUGAUAUAAAUGUAAAGUAAACGAUACCUACCCCACACAGAACAGAACAGAGCAAAACAACAGCAACGCUGAAGCUGAUCUGUGGAAGGUACCGAGAUGCAGAACAGACCCGGUAAUAAUUACGAUUACUAUUAUAAUAAAAAGCAAACAAAAUAAUAAAGAGACCCUCUUAAGAAACUACAAA